AUGUUGCGCCUGGCUCCGAGGCUCCGAAUCAGCACCUUUGCACUCUUGCUGUUGUCCUCUGGGGCUGUGUCGGGCCCGCAUCGGCUGGCGGAAAGCUACAGUUCCGAAGCCAGUGGUGGAGCGCUCGACAACGUCCAGUUGUUUCAAACAUUCAUUUUGCAAGAGGUGGAGCCCCAGCCUGAAGCCAUCGCCGUCAUGACGGCGAACAAGACGGUGCAUUUCGGUGUGGACGGGCAGGUUACGGCCUCCGCGCAGCCCGCUUUUACUCGAGCACGCUGGCCUGCCAGCGGUCCAGAGGGGGUAGUCAAAAGGUUUGCCGCCACGCAGGACUCGACCGUGGUGUUCCUCAUUGUCUUCAUCAUUUGCAUCAGUACGACAAUGGCCGUCCUGGUGCUUAUGUGCCUCCACGUCCCACUACCACGCAUGCAUCGCCGCUGCCGGGAGACAGUAGAAUUUCCCGAGAUCGGAGAGACCAGAACGCUAAAGACUAGCAUGCAGCAGCAGCAGCUGAAGAUGCUUGAUGAAGUUACGGACGACACAAGUUGGCAGGGCUGCUGGGCAGAGGCGAUGCUGUGCAAGCAGACGCUCGACACCGCGAGCGCGGUCCCGGACUCCCCCGCGCCGGUGCCGAGGCUCCGCACGCUUGGUGCUUCCUACGCGGUGCCCAUCGGGUGCAUCAAAAAUGCCACGGGCACCAUGCUGAAUUUCAACGUCCCCAUACUCCCGCCCGUCUGGCCGCUCCGAGCUGUGCUCACCCGCGCCACACCGCAGAGCGCAUGGACAAAGGUCGACCUGACCGUGGACGUCAUCGCCGUGGCGGACUUGCCCGCUCUGCUGUCCUGCUUAGGCUGCUCGCCCUCCGGUACGCAGUGCGGCGAUGCUUCCGGAUGCACUGGCGGCACCACCAGCCCUGGCGGCCGGUCGGGCGAGGGCGUCGAGCCGUGCAGCCAGUGGCUGGCAGUGCGCAGUUGCGGCGGGGCCAUCUUGGCGUCCACCACGCCGAUGGCGCAGGACCCCGCCAGGUGCACGCUCCAGCUGCAGAGCCACGACCGGGUGUCGUGGGACGUCAACAUGUGCUGCGACGACCGGGAGCACUCGGUGGUCAUCUCGCGGCUCGGGCAGGGCACCGGCCCCAGCACUGGUCCAGGGCACUGCAGCAGCCACCGGCGGGCGAGGACAGCGAUGCCUCCGACGACGAGGGCGACAGCUUCCUCCUGA